AUGGACACGACGAAGCUCGAGCUUUAUGACCAUAAUCCAGGAAGCAAUGGCCACGUCCACGUGUCGGCCACCACUUUAGGCUCUCUGGGCCCGCUGAGGCCGUUGUCCAACACCCCGUCAGACUCUGAGUCGGGGGAAGACGACGAUCGGGAUGGCUCCAAAAAGCGCAAGAGGCCCAUGAACGUCACCUGUGAAGCCUGCAAGCAGCGAAAAGUCAAAUGCGACCGUGCUCAGCCUGCAUGUGGGUGGUGUUCUCGGAAUGAUCAUCCAUGUGAAUACAGAGAGCGGAAGAAGCCUGGCCUUCGAGCCGGUUAUGGUAGGGAGCUAGAGGGAAGACUCGAUCGCCUAGAGGCUUUGUUGAAAGAACAAGGUCGCCAAUUGGCCGCCCAUCUGGCAGAAUCAUGCACCAUUGAUGCUGGAGUCAACUCCGCCAGCAAUAGACACAGUGUGCAAGGCUUAGGUUCCGACGUCGCUCGGCCGCGCGUUUCGUAUGAUACCCAAGCCAUCGAUGUCACUGGUGACCUUCAGCAACAGAUUAUCGACCCCAACUUGCAUGCUCCCACCUCGCGACAUGGUUCCCUACAGUAUCAGCAAGGAGCUCCAGACCAGCAGAUGGCGGCGCAGCAGAGCCAUUACACUCCAUCUGCUCAGUCCCAUACCCUCACUUCGCCGCAUUCCACCACAGGAUUUCAAGGCACACACAUGUACAAUGAGUACUCGGCCAUGCUUCCACCAUAUGACCUUCUUUAUGCCUUGGUGGAUCUCUAUUUCAAACACAUCAAUAUAUGGCUGCCUUUGCUGGAUAGAAAGACCACUCUAGACACUCUCUUUGGAGCUUCGACUCUCGACGAAGCCGACCGAGUGCUUCUGCAUGCCAUUGUUGCAACUACCCUACGUUUCUCGCAAGACCCUCGAUUGACCCCCGAGGGCCGCCAACACUAUCAUGACACCUCCAAGCAGCGUGUUCAGUUGUUUGGCCUGGACAAUUCAAACGUCCGAGCGCUGCAAGCACUCGUCAUUCUGGCGCUGGAUGUGACGGGUUCGACGAAUGGUCCGCCAGCGUGGAAUCUUCUUGCUUUGAUCAGUAGAAGCAUGGUGCAACUGGGGCUUGCGGUUGAAUCGGGGUCUGCGCUUGCCUCGCCAAUGUAUCCUUCGAUUGCAACCCUCAGGGCUUCUGUCCUCGCCGAGCCCAAGUCUUGGAUCGAAGAUGAAGAGCGGCGCAGGCUGUUCUGGGCAGUUUACCUGCUUGAUCGCUACGCCACUAUAGCCACGGCUUUCGAGUUCGCGCUGGACGAGAAAGAGGUUGACCGGCGCCUGCCUUGCAGAGAUGAUCUCUUUGCUGCAAACAAGCAGGUCGAGACAAGAUGGUUUCGGCCACCGGAGCGCCCCAGAUAUGCGACAGGAAUCGCCGACGCCCAUGGACAUUUCUCUUACCACUGCGAGCUCAUGGCUAUUCUUGGUCACAUCCACCAGUUUCUGAAACGGCCCGUGGACAUUGGCUCUUUGACUGACGUGGAACAGUGGCAAGGCUCGUACCGAGCCCUCGACAGCGACCUAAACGCGUGGCACUUCAGUCUGCCUGACGAAUUCGCCAACAUCACACGCCUUCUAAAAUCCAACGUGCCUGCUAAAAAUACCAAUUGUGGCUGGAUCAUGCUGCAUGCAGCAUAUUGUCUGACGGUCAUUCGGUUGAACUCAUCUGCGGCGUAUCCCAGCCAGACUUCGCCAAUCUUCUCUUCGUCCUACAGCGCUAUGCAGCGGUGUUUAUCCGCUGUUGAGAAUUUGCGUCAGCUCUGUCGUUUCGUCAAGCUCAGUGGCCUGCUGGACCGUCUCGGGCCCCCAUUUGCCUUUGCCAUCUGGGUCGGGGCACGGGUCAUGCUGGUGCACGGGUCGACCAUGGAUCACGAAGUGGAUCCAGACAUUGACUUCUUCGUGACGACGCUCGCCGAAAUGGGGGAGAAUUGGCUCGUUGCCAAACGAUACAGCGAAAUCCUGAGCCGGGUUCUAGGGGAAUAUCGACAGUCGCAGCGAGCCAGUGGAGUGACAGGGGAGAGGGUAACUCCGUCGACGGUGAAAAUCCUGGCCGACAUGCGCCGGUGCGCCUACGAUCUCGACUUUCUCAUCUCCCGCCAGCCACAUGCUGCGGCCGUCAAAUCAUACCACCCAACCCGAACAAACACCCCGGCCCCCAACGAGCUCGAGUAUCUUGAUGUCUUUGACCUUUUCAACUUUCCCCGGGUCCCCAUGACUCAGGAAGGGGUGGAAAAUGGAAACGCACAAGGCCUGGGCCAAGCUGCGCCCCCGGAUCUGUCGGCCAUGAAUGCUGGGAUGAUCCCGAACUUUGCAGUCCCGAAUCCAGAAGCUGAUUGGCUCUUCCAUACAAAUUAA